ACAAAAGCAGAAAGCCCGACUCGAGUGGCUCGACACUUACACCGAUUUUGUAUAGUUUUUUCUUAAAUAGAUAUAUUUUUCAAUUAUUUUGUUGACUAACUCAUUAAGACCUGUGCUAUGGUACUCGACAUGAUGCGUUGUAUUCUAGUGAAUAGCUCGGAUUUGUGAUAUGAGUUACCUUCUUUCUUUUUUCCACUAUUCAAUGGCUCAUUUAAUAUAAAACUACAAAAUGAAAAAAAUUGUUUUUAUAUUUUAUUUUAUUCUUGUGGUAUUUUAUUGCGAAUUUGGGAUAUACUAUAUUGUGCUCAUGCAAUGUAAUUGGCCAUCAGAUCAUACGAUGAGCUUAGAACAACCUCUCAAAGUAAUGUUCAUAGCCGACACACAUUUACUAGGAACGAGAAAAGGGAAUUGGUUCGAUAAAAUGAGAAGUUAUUUGUUCAGAGAAUGGGAGAUGAAACGAGCUUUUCAAACAGCCAUACGAAUACAUAGUCCUGAACUAGUUUUUGUGCUCGGUGAUCUGUUCGACGAAGGUCUAUGGAGCAGCGAAAAAGAUUUCAACUCGUACGUUGCGACUUUCAAAAAUCUAUUUUCAGUACCUAAAUCCAUAAAACUUUACACUGUCGUCGGUAAUCACGAUAUUGGAUUUCAUUAUAGCAUAACUCCAUAUCUUGAGAGACGGUUCUACAAAGCAUUCAAUACGGGACCAGUUACGUUAGUUAGCAAACGCAAUGUACAUUUCGUCACUGUAAACAGUAUGGCCAUGGAAAUGGACGGAUGUUAUUUUUGCUACAACGCAGAACAACAGUUAAGAGAUAUUACCAGGCGGUUGAAGUGUAGCAAAAGAGAAAUCGCUUGUCCAGAGAAAAUGAUGGUCGAAGGCAAUUACAGUGCACCUAUACUGUUACAACAUUUCCCAUUGCAUAGAAAAAACGACAUGGCAUGCAAUGAACCUGAUUCGGCUCCAACAAACGAAAAACAGAAAUCGUUUCGCGACGGUUGGGACUGUCUAAAAAAGGAUGCAACAAAAAAAUUGUUGCAAUCAAUAAACCCUAGACUAGUGUUCGACGGCCACUCUCAUCACGGUUGUCAUUUAAUACAUCAAAAUAAUAUUCACGAAUACACUUUAUCGUCAUUCAACUGGCGUAAUAAAUAUAAUCCUAGUUUCGUGUUGGCACAGUUCACUGCCAAUCAAUACGGUGUUGAAACCUGUCACAUGCCUCGAGAAUUUACUAUCGCUACUAUUUACAUGUUGUUCAUUUUGAUAUUUCUGUACAAAAAUUUCAACGUGAAAUCGAAUUUUAAACGUUUCAAACGGUCCGCAACUAGUUACAUUCCGUCCAAAGUAAAUGACAAAUUGCUCGUUAAAUGACAUUCUUUUCGUACAAUGGCUUUUCAGCGAUCAAACGACCGAAACCGAAUUUCGUAAGAUCAAUAUUUAUGAAGCCGCCAUCGGUGAUCAUUUCCAUUACGGCCCUUCCUACCGCUGGUGCUUGUUGUAUACCUUAAUAUAUAUUUUAAUGAACAAGUAUUAUUAUUAUUAUCAUUGUUGUUAUCAUAAUCGUGUAAGCAUAACUAUUAAAUUAGUUUACCGUGUCCGCUGAAACCGGUGGCAAGAAACAAAUUAAAGUAACUUGGAUGUGCUCCAACGAUAGCAUUUUGAUCAUACCAAUUAUAGUCGUAAUAACCGGCCCAACUGCUUUUUACCUGGAACAAUUUUCGUUUUAAACAUUUUAAAUGUCUAUAUAUGUUAUAAUGUUGUUUUAAAAAAAAAUCUAUUAUUGUUAAAAUGUUGAUAUAUUUUUUUACAUAUUACAAUAAAAUGUUGCACUAAGUUUUUUUAGCUCAAGUAAGACAAAUAUUUUCAUAAAGUUUUGAACUAAACAAAUCAUCUAGUCGAAAAUCUAUGGGGGAAGACAAUUUUCUAAUAAAACUAAAUUGACAUCAUACUUUGGCUUCAUUGAAUGCAGGCACUCUAUGAGCGAGAAGUGGCCAGAUUUCUUUUUCAAAGUAUUCAUGAUCGACGUCUAGAUUUGAUGUGCUUGGCUCGUUCUCAUCGUCUGGCGACUUGCCACAAAUAUAAUGGUUAUCGAAUCCAUCAGGCCUAAA